CGCCGGUGACCGAUUUUCUCUCCCUGCAGAAUAAUCACUGAGCCGCUUCACGGGGGCGUGUGACAUGCGGCCGAAUCGCCCGCACGGGGACGUGUGUUCCAGGCCUCUCGCGCCCGCCACACGAGCGUCUUGCCUGUUCGUCUCUCGCCAUGUCGAGAUCGCCAGACUGGUUUUAAGCAGGGCUGCUUCCACCACCGCCGCCACCGAGUUGCUCUGUCCGUCCACGAGGACCCCGCGCGCACACCGCAGCCCGUGAUGGUGGGAGCCUCCCCCGGCAGCCGCGCCGCUUCUGGGGAGUGCCGGGGUGGCGCGUGGCCCCAGCGAGCCGCACCGCUGACCAUCUGCUGCCGGCGUGGGAGUGCGGAGCGGCGCAGAGAGGGGACCGGCUGCAGAGGGUUUGCUUCAUGGUUUUAUUAUUGUGGGUCGACGUAGCUGUGCGGUUGCGUGGCGCCUGUUCUGUGCUGCCUGGGAGGGAUCGCACCCAGAUGCGAGCUGCCAAGCGGCCCGGGAGGCGAGCGAGCAAGUGAAAGCAGCGGCAGGCGCCCGAGGCCCCGUCCCGCCGGACCCUGACCCCCCCCCCCGCUCUCUGCCUAGAUGCGGCCGUGCGGCACGUGGCGUGCCAGGGGCUCGUCCGGGCGCCCCCACCCUGCGGCACUUUAGCGCCCGUCCCGCCACACCCCAUGCGGCACAUCAACGCGGAGGCGGCCCCGCCCCGGGAGCGCGGCGUGGGCACGAGCCGGCGGCAGCAGCCGGGCGACGAGGAGGAGGACGAGGAGGAGGAGGAGCCCCGCCCCUGGCCCCGCGGCUUCCUGCUGGGCUGCGGCCCGCCGGCCCUCGCUCCGCAGAAGGUGUACCAGGUCUCCAUCUUCUCCCCGCCAGAGGGGUGCCCCCAGCCCCCCGAGCAGAGGGCCCCGGGGCGGCAGCCCAUCAAGCGGGCCUGCCCGGGGCCCCUGCGCCCGGCCGAGGGGCCGCGGGACGCCAAGCGCCGCCCCUGGGAGGACGAGGGCGAUGACGCCAUCGAGGACGGGCUCCUGGGGGACGAGCUCUCCCUGGGCGGCGCCGCCCAGCACUUCUCGCACAGUGGCCUGCGCGUGGUGGAGCACCGCCCGGAGGGUGGCCCCGGCCCCCCGAGGGCCCCGGGGGGCGCCGCACAGCUGCCGCGCCCACCGCACAGCACUUUGCACAGACGAGACUGCGGCCCCGCCCCGCCGGGGGCCUGCCCCACGGACUCCGGCCCCGCCGAGAGGCGCGGGGAGAACGGGGCCUCGCAGGCCACGGGGCACGGCGGCCACCGUCCCCUGGCCGACCCCGAUUUGCACAGCCUUGCGCCCCCCUCCCCGCCCGGGGGCGGGCCCCCAGUGACCAGCGGACCGGUGGAGCCCGGCACUCCGCCGGCGGCGCACGCCUCCGACACCAAUGGCCUGGCCUCCGCCGAGAAGACGCCGCCAGGCCCCCUGCUUGCCGGGAGCAGCGCUGUGGGCGGCUGCCCGGCCAAGCGAAAGCUGCUGCCCUCGACGGAGGGGUCGCCGGACCCCGGCUACGAGGACGAGAGCCUCCCGCCGGCCCGGAAGAAGAGGAGCCUGCCGUGCCCGGCCGUGCCCGCCUCCUGCCGCAGCACCGAUGCCAAGGGGGCCCCCUUCUGGAACCACCUGCUUCCUGCCGCCAAGGGCUCGGGCAGCAGCAGUGCCGGCAACUGUCCGCCGAAGGCCGGGCUGCGUCUCCAACCGAGGCACCUGCGGAGCGGCCCGCGGCGGACUCCCGCAGGCAGCAGGCCCCUGCACGCACCCUGGGCCACCACCUCCACCAGCCGCGCCCUGCUGGGCAACUUUGAGGAGUCCAUGCUCCCGCGGCGCCCCCCGGAGCCGGGCCGCAUCGAGGGCUUCACCGCGGAGAUCGGCGCCAGCGGCUCCUACUGCCCGCAGCACGUGACCCUGCCGGUGGAGGUCACCUACUUCGACAUAGCCGAGCACAGCGCCCCCUCGCCCUUCCUGGGAGUCGUGGAUCUGGAGGCCUUGGGGAAGAAGGGCUACAGCGUCCCCAAGACGGGCACCAUCCAAGUGACCUUAUUCAACCCGAACAAGACCGUGGUGAAGAUGUUCCUGGUGACCUACGACUUCCACGACAUGCCCGCCAACCACGUCACCUUCCUGCGCCACCGCAUCUUCCUGGUGCCCGUCGGAGAAGAGCCGGGGCCCGGCCCGGCCCCCGGCGAGCCGCCCCGGAGGGUGCUCUGCUACCUGCUGCACCUGAGGUUCCACAGCUCCAAGUCCGGGAAGAUCUACCUGCACGACAACAUCCGCCUGCUCUUCUCGCGCAAGUCGAUCGAGAUCGACUCCGGGAUCCCCUACGAGCUGAAGUCCUUCACGGAACUGCCACGGAACCCCUGCUACUCGCCGCGGGCCUGAGGGCAGGAGGGCCGGGCCGGAGCGGGUCCUCUGCAGAGGAAGGGUGGCUGGGCCGGAGCGUGGCUCGUGCCGCGCCAUUUGUCGUCGGGGCGGGCGAGGGGCCUGCCUGCGCCCAGCCCGGGGCAGAAAUGCAGCAUGUUGGAAGCCCUCGAGCCAGAGACUGUCCCGUUCUU